AACAUGCAGGUACGCAGCCCCCAAGGCUUAGCACUUAAUUAGCCCCAAGCUCACAUCAUUCGUCGUAAUUGUACGUUGCGGCUGAAAUCAAUGUACUGCGGCAGCGUAUUUCGACUCGUUUCCUUUAGGGCCGUAAUACCUUGUCCGGUCUCAUUUCGUGUGGAAGGAUGCGAGAUGAAACGUACGAGUCCGGGUAUCGAUAAUGAACCCAUCACCUCAAUCCUGGAUCCCUAUCCCUCUGCAUCUAUCCUCUUCCUUCCUUUGCUACCUGUCGGCAAUUCUCUCUGAACGGCAAUGAGCCUGGCCAAGUAACGGCGAUCCCGUUGUGGCAAUUUUUCAUGGCUUCUGGGCUCUCCCUAUCCCUAUUACGUUGAUAUGCAGUUCAAACUUGCGGCUCUCAAUACGGAGAAAGAAGUCGCGCCAGAACGUGAUCAAAAGGAAGUCCUGAUUCCGCAUCAUCCCGAGGCCGUCCGACACUCUCAUCCUACUCUCGAAGCACUCCCGGGUCAACACCCGGGAGAAGUUUAUGCAUACUAUGGACCGGACGACGUCAUAAAAUCUCAAAAGAGAUCUUGUUGGAAGCGGAAAAGAGUAUGGGUACUCGCGCUGGUGUUGACGGUCGUGAUUGCGUCAACGGCUUUGUGUGUGUCGUUAGGGAUUCUUCUGAAGAAACCUAAGAGUGCGACCUCUGGCAGUAAGGCUACACCUACGAAUCUUGCGACUGCUACUGUGACUGCUUCUGCGUCGUCUGUUCCUUCCCCCACUGCAAAACCUACCAGCAUCGCUUCUUUAUCGCCUCUUGCCGUCACCGCGUGGAGAGACAACAACUCAACGGGCACCACUUUUAAGAUACGAGUUGUAUUCCAGAAUGACAAGGGAAUGCUCCAAGGCACUUUAUUUGACUCCGGUUAUAAGAGCUGGGCGAGGAACAAAGAUUUCACCAAGGCGAAACAGGGAACUUCUCUGGCUCUCACUAGGUUUCGACAUAAUAUUUACCCCGACGCUAUUAAUAAUGACGAGCAGGUCGAGCUAUUUUAUCUGGAUGAUGCUGAUCGAAUAUGCGAAUGGAACUGGGAUUCUAUUAACAUUGCCGGCAGUGCCGGAUCUAUCGACAACCAAACCUUUGUCGCUAGUUCUACCUCAAGACUCAGCGCCUAUUGGCCCCUCAUCAUCCUCCAAGAUGUCGAUGGUAGUCUCCACGAAAUCUACUAUGACGCUUUUAGCUACUCAGACACAGGGGGUUGGUACCACCGAUCUGCGAACUUAACGAUUUAUGACGGCGCCGCGCUUGGGUUAGUACCGGUUGCGCAGAAUAUAUCUAAGAUUGGGGUGUUCUAUCAAGGCGAGGAUGGGAAAUUGAGGGAGGUCCAGAGGGACAAACUUACCUGGGAGUAUGCGUAUGAAACACACGCCCUCUCCCAAUCUAUACCACCCCCUUCCCUCACCCCUCCCCAGUUCGCUGCUUUCUCCCUCACCAACGUCACAAACCCCACCGAACUCGACACAUAUAUCCUCUGGCAGGAUACCUCCGCAACCAUCCAAAUGCAAUGGCGAGACGACUCCUCGGGGUGGAAGGGCCCGAAAACGUUCGAUGCUUUCAGGGGUGCAGAUAACGGAACCGCGAUCGCAUGUAUCACUAUGGAAACGUUUAAUGAGCCGUUACCUAAAGGCAUGGACAUCCCUCGGUGUUAUUUUCAGAGUGGUGGGAAUUUGAGAGAGGUUGAGCUGAAUGGGAAUCGAGAUGGGUGGUCGGUGCUAGGGUAUGUACCGCUCGACUAGCGAUACAUUUUAAUGGAUCGGAACUCUACAUGUGGGCGAGUUCUCUUGCGGUUUGGAGUUGGCUUCCAUGAGGAUUUCAGGUGCUUGAGGUUUGGCUGGUUCUUGUACGUAUGUAUUAUACCCCGUUCUUUCAGAUUGGAUGGUUUCAGCACUGCCCUCUGAUUGGAGGAGAUUUCCCCGAUUUUUCAAACCAGGUCGGUCCAGCAUAUAAAUUAAACAUCGACACAGGACUCCCGUAUAGUAUCCACUUUUCUCCUAGAUUAUAGUACUGCAUUAUUUC